UCAAUUAAACUAACAAUAUUUGAUAUUUCUGUUUCUUCAAGAAGUUGGCAGAAAACCUGUAAGUUAUUGGGGAGAUGAUGAAUGACCUGGAGGAUGACUUCCAUCAAGGCUAUGCUAGUGGCUUAGAAGAAUUUCAUAAUGAGGUGGAGGAGGAUCUUGAGGAGAGAGGAGGAGAUGUGGAGGCUGACUGCUAUCGUUCCCAAUCCCAUCAUUCUGCACCGAAGUCUUACAUUAUGUAUCAUGGCACUACAUGGAAUAAUGCUCAGAAGAUCCAAGCUGGAGGCUUCAUUCGAUCUUCAGGUGGCAUGUUAGGUCCUGGUGUCUACUUAAGCCGAGAUUUUAAUAAAGCUUCUCGAUAUCCACUAAAUGUUGGAUCUCAGAAGCGAGCUGUCCUCAAGGUGAAUGCAAGAGUGGGAAAAGUGAAGAAAAUAGAUUAUCAAGGCCAUCCCCUGCAGUAUACAUGGCAUCAGCAUGGCUAUGACACAGCUUGGGUGCCUCCUAACUGUGGAAUGGUGGCCAGUGGUUUAGAGGAGGACUGUGUGUAUGAUCCACGGCGAAUCAAAGUCCUGCAGAUUAUUCCGCCAUCGAGAUCCCUCUUGUUGAAUAAAGACCCAAAAGAAUAAAAAGAAACACUGUAUCAUGGCACUACGUGGGAAAAUGCUCAGAGAAUCCUAGAACAUGGAUUCAUUCCAUCUCAAGAUGGCCCGCUAGGGUGUGGGGUCUACUUAAGCCAUGAUUUUAAAAAAGCUUCUCAAUAUCCAAUAAAGUGUGAAUCUAGGAUGCGAGCUGUCCUCAAGGUGAAAGUACGAGUGGGAAAGGUGAAGAUAAUCGUUAAUCCAUGGGAUCCCCAACAGAAGACGUGGUUUCAGCAUGGAUAUAACACAGCUUUUGGAAAAGCUUUUCAGGCAGCAGGUCAAGCUGGUGCUGCACUGGACACUAUGGCAGUUUUGCAGGCAUAUCAGGCUGACCUGCUGAAAGACUUGAGCACUGGCGGUGCUCUUGAUGAUAGGGCGUUCUUGGAACUACGCCGAGCCACAGACCUGUCUCUUCAUGCAACAAAGCAGAAGGCCCAUGCUUUGCGGCCGUUCUAUGGCUGCAAUGGUUUCCGCGGAGAGGCACCUGUGGCUAAAAAACGGGCAUAA